UCUUUUAUUUUUUGAUCUUCACACCCGUACUCCUUCGAUCGUGCACCGUCGAUUAUAAUAAAUCGAGUGCCUUCUUAUCGAUAGUUACAGUGUUACCUUAUUUUUAACUUAUAAUAUUUACAUUAUAUACACAGUGUUACGGCCUGCUGAUUUCGAUGGGGCAAGGCCGGCUAGCCAGUCAUCAACAGGGCGGAUUCUUCCCCUGUGCCCACAGGUCGCACCAUAAAUUCCACUCGGCAUGGAAUCCACAAAAACAACAAAGAAACAUCAACAGAAACUACAAGUUGUAGUAGGAUAGAUACCCUUUAGGCCCACAGUACCAUGUAUGUAUCAUGUAGUAGUUUAGGUUAACAUAUGAAGCCCAUGGUGGCAGAGAGAAGUAUGCGAUCAUAUCCCCGUUAUAAGUAAGGACAAUACUGUUGUCCCGCUCUUACUUAUAAGUUAGCUUUAAGAGAUAACAAUGUACAUACACCUAGCUCUCACGCAUGAGAGAGCAUAAGAAAAACGAAGAAGCAAAGCGCGGCAUUCGGUCGCUGGUUCUUGAAGAAUAAAGUCGCUAAUAAAGAAGAACUGAACUAAGCAAAGCGUCGCACCGCAGGUAGUUCGAGCGUUUACAACAUCAGAAGUGGUCAUUACUCACUAUGCCUGACACCAUAUUAAAUCAAUUCUCGGUGCAACAACUAAAAAAAUGUUUGGGAGCCCUUGGACGCCAAACUUCUGGCACUAAAGCGGAGUUGAUAGGGCGUCUCCAAGCCAUUUCUCCGGAAAUACGUGGCGAUCCACCGUCAAACAACGGAUCAGCAACGGAAGCAACGGAUGGAGCUGCAUCGCAGCUAGCACAACGAGAGCUGCAAGAGGGAGACACACCAGCGACCCCGUUAGACGCGCAAUCGGCGGCGUCAGAGACCCUAGAAAGUCUGGAUUUGGAGCAGUUAUCGCUAGUGGAUGCCGAAAAAGCCACCCUGCAGAAAAUUCGUGACGAAAUAGAUGCAAACAUGGCCGUGUUGCAGAGCAUUUACACAGAAAUCGACGAGGCGAACAAGAACAAGUCCGUUCAUGCUGGCCAAGCCCAUGACGUCAUCGAAAAGAACAUUGAAAAUGAUGGCAAUGUUAACAUGUGCGCUAACAGCACCAAUGUUAAAGCUAACAACACCAAAGUGACCAUCACUGUCGAUAACAUGAUCGGGGGAGAUACCAGUGUUGGAAAAGAGACCGCUAGCAGUGAUGAUCAACGCCAGAGUACAAAUGUAAACAAACUCUUGGAAUCGCCAGCAGCAGCGCUUGCCCUGGCAAAAGAGGUCACCAUGGAGUAUGACGGCAGCGUGUGUGUACGUAAUUGGGUCACACAGUUCCAGAACAUCGGCAAGAUCUACAAUUUGGACGACGGCUGCUUGCAUAUGCUUCUAAUUGCCAAGCUGAAAGGGAGUGCACAACGCUGGCUGCACGCAAACACCACGCGAAUUCUGGAGUCAACCGAUCAGCUGUGUAAGCAGUUAAUUGUGUCAUUUGGAGUCAAAAUGUCCAAAGGAGAAUUGAGGAGGAGAAAGCGGGAAUGGCGUUCAGAGGAGAAAUUUGCGCCUUAUUUCGAGGACAAGAUGAUGCUGGCCAACGACAUCAACAUCGAUCUGGAGGAACUCCUGGAAAACAUUAUCGAGGGAAUUCCGGCACCAGCGCUACGCAAUCAGGCCCGCAUACAGUGCUUUUCCGAACCGAUGCAGGUUUUGAGAGCCUUCUCGGAAGUACGUCUGCCAAAGCACAAGCCGGAUAAUAGUUCGCCAAAACGCUUCUAUGAAGGAGGCCCAACUAAGAAGGAUUUGCGUUGCGCCAACUGCAACUCAAAAGGACACUUCGCCAAGGAGUGCCUGAAGCCGAAGAGAGAGCCCGGAUCCUGCUACGCUUGUGGAGCGUUCGGACACUUCGUCGGACAAUGCCCGGAGCGCAAGAGCGCCAAUAUCAACAAUUAUAAUGCCUCAUAGACACCGGGAGCCCAAUAUCAUUUGCAAAACUAAGCAGUAAAUCCAGUGAAGUCAAUUUAGAGUCUGCUGCUGAA